CCCCUUGGUAGUUGUGCAUAUAUCCUCGCCAGUUGGCGCUACUUUCUAUGUUUAAGGUAUUUAUCUCCCGAGGGAAAACUUCGCUAAAAUAGAUGGCACCACUUUGUACGUGUACGACAAACAAAAAGUGACGAGGUGGCCUCCAGUGGCGAAGGUCGGAUUCGAACCAGCGUCUUUAGCUAACCGGGGCGUCUUUAGCCAGUUAACGUCAUGAACCCCUAGGCCACCCCGUCACGGUGAAACUGGUCCUAAUUUCUCGACUACAUUUGACCUCGCUCGACAAAGAUGGUUCACCGAAAGUUGAGGUAAGUACAUAUAUUUAUAUUUUAAUUAUUACAAAAUAAUGUAGUUUCGUUUCCUGUACGAUAACUUAACAAACAAAUCUUUUCCUCUUUUCAUAUAGUUCAUGAGAACCGUUUCACACGUUUCUUUACCACAUGCGCCCCGCCCGUCUACACCCCACCCCUCCACUGAAUUUUUCUGCUAUAAAAGAGCAUGUUGAACCAUAUUCCCACUACAGUGUCACAACGAAUAUUGCGUUGAAAUCAUGGAUCCGCAAGCUUCAUCACAUACCAAAUCCGACAACAAUACCAUCACCACUUGGUGCUGCCAGUGCUGGUUGUCCACCACCACAAGCGGCGGCGGCGGCUGUGACGGUGGCUGUAGCAGCUCCACUUCGCCAUCGUCACCCGGACCACAACCGAUGGCAACAGCAAAGGCACUGUUAAAACAAGACGAUGGGGACAAGGGAAAAACAAACUGCCUAGAGAGCGCUUCUGAGAGCGAUACGAGCGAUGAAAUGAAAUCUUUUUAUCAAGGAUGUAAAAGCAAGUGGAUAAAAGCGUUCCAAAACAAUACUCUGAUUAAUAGAUGGCGCCUCCCCAUGCCAUUUCACACAUUUAGAGCGGAAGUAGCGAGAUUGUUAAAACGAUUGUAUAUCGAAGGUCACCAUGACGAUUGUCAUAUUUACCUGUUAAUUGUAAUGUGGGACGAUUUAAACGAUGACGUAGAAGAGAUAGUGGGAGAUGCUCAAAUCAACUAUCAAGACUGGAUUGCGUUAUUAGGUGGCGUUACAGCGGAACUAUUUUCACGCGUGGUGUUCAAUACUAAAUCUUUUAAUUAUUUAAUCAAUGUAAUAUUUUGUGUGCUAGGUCCAAACAUAAUAGCUGCCGGUGAUUAUGAAUGUGAACCUAAAUGUAAGAAUGCUCGUACAUAUUAA